AUGUUCAUGCCAUCCAAGACUUCCGCCAUCCGAUCCACUCAACACCAUCCUUCCCGCUCCGGAAGACAGUUCCAUCCAUUCAAAAUCCGUUCAUUCAACCAUCAAAAGGAACUGUCUUUGUUCAAUAACCAUGGCCCCAAUGGUUGUCCCAUUUUACCACCUUUGACAUUGCUUUCUCGCCCCUCCACCCACUACCACCGCCAUCAUCAUCAUCAUCAUCAUCAUCAUCAUCAACAACAUCAUCACCGCCACCAUUAUCACCAUCAAGAUGCGAUGGACAUUGACUCUGUAUCAACAGACGUCAUGUCCAUCACUGCUGUCUGCUGCUCUCCUCCUUCCAUUCUUUCCGCUCCCUCCUCACCUUCUCCUCCCGUUCCAUCUUCACCACCCGCCACCCAUAGAUGGAAGCGUCACCCCAUCACCAUCAUCGACCUCAAAAAGUAUCGACGCAAUACUUGUCAUAAAAAUAACUUUCAACAACUCCUUGCAGCAGCAGCAGCAGCAGUAGCAUCAUCAUCACCGCCACCUUUGUCACCACCUCCUCCAUCGCCAUCAUCGUCUUCCUCUCGUUCUCCUUCUCCUUCUCCUUCUUCCGCACCAGCACCAGCACCAUCACCAUCACCAUCACCAUUACGAAAAAAGCCGCCACAACAAAAAAUAAAAAAUAAAAACAAAAAAAAUAGAAUAACAAAAACUUCCGCCUCGUCUUCCUCCUCCACCACCACCUUCAGCACCGUCAACAAUACCACCGGCAAGAAGCGUAGAGAAAAUCUACCCAAACCAGCAAUAGCCAUCCUUAUGGGAUGGCUUAAACAACACCGCCACCACCCAUACCCAACAGAACGACAGAAGCAAGACCUGCAAAGCGAGACCCAGUUGGGAUUAGGCCAGAUCAGCAACUGGUUCAUCAAUGCUCGGCGACGUGUUCUACACAAGCUUGAUGAACCAGUUGCUUCUGGUUUGGGUCUCGCUAGCCCUACCACUCCUCGUCCUUCCGCCUCUUCCUCCUCCACCUCUGCUCUCGUUUCUUCUUUGUCCUCUGCUUCUGUCGUCUCUGCUCCUCCUCCUUCCGCUCUUCCCUCCUCCUCCUCCUCCUCAUCCUCAUCCGCCGAUUUUCUCUACGCUUCUGCCGUUUCCGCUUCUUCUUCUUCCUCCUCCUCCUCUUCCAUUCCUUGUGCUUGUGCUUCUGCUUCUUCUCCUUCCGUUCCUUCCGCUUCUGUGUCCGCUUCUCUCUCUGUCUCUGCUUCUGCUUCUUCUGCCUCUUCCGUUCCUUCUCCUUCCCCUUCCGCUCCUUUGUCUUCUGCUGUGGUCGCCACAAAGAAGGCAAAAAAGACCGUCCGGCUGGCCGAUACCCACACCAAGAGAAUCACUCGAUCGGUCAGCCGACGUGUUCAUCGAUAA